CUCAAGUCUCAGCGACUGUGCGCGAGCAAGUUAACUCGCUCACCCACUGAACGAGCAACGGGCGAGUUAGCCACGCAGCGAGCUUUCCGGUGAGAGAGUUUAUAUAAAGAGAAUAUCGCCCACCCCGCCUCACAACUACCAUGCUUCAAAGCUGAGAAUGUGGUCUGCCAUAGUAUCUCUCUGUGUUUGUUCUGCUUCUGCGCAAUUCAAUCCCUUUGGUUUCGGUCAUUUUCCCGGGCAGCAAGGCUUCGAUGGGUACGGCUCGUACGGUAAUGCCGACUUCAGUCAGUUCCAGGGCGUGUCGUCCAAUGGGGGAGACUUCAACGCGAACUCUCUGACCGGCUACGGAGUGCCUCCAAGCGUCAACUACGGAGACCCGAAUCAAGGAUUCGGUCAGGGAUUCGGGCAAUACGGUGCAGUCCCGGGCGGCUACCCCGGUCAGGGACCUCUCCCCCAGGACGGUGGACAAAACCACCCACAACAAGGCGGUCCUUCUGCAGGACAAGCCGUUCAGCACGAGAACAGCGUACAAUCGGGCAAUCCUUCGUUUAACCCCGGGAAUCAAGGGCAGGCGCCCGUGAUCGGUCAACCGGGACAGUCCGUUUUGAAUCCCGGACACCAACACAACGUUGGGUUGUCCAAUCAGAUAAACGCAAAUCAGAACCAUGCCCAAAGUCACCUCGCCUCCCAACAGUUAGCGCCUCAGCUCGAGCAUCAGCACCAAGUUUCCAAUCAGCACCAGUUCGAAGUCAAUUACAAUGGGGUGUCCCAGUAUCCUGAACAAUACCAAGGACAACAGCUGGGACUGCAAGUACCACAACAGUACCAACAGCAAACUCAACAAAACCACAGAGAGAAAAGUGCGAGCUCCCCGUCGGCCGCGUCUGCGCCCCUUGAGAGCGGUAGUUUCAGGGGAAUCCCGCUAGAAGCUUUCGUGCGGCAGAAUUACGCCCAACAACCAAUUCAGGAGCGGCCAGGAAGUCAACAACAUCCCCACGGCUCGAGUGAAGCGCCCUCGCAGGGGUCCCACGACCAGACGGAGGAGAGCACCCAGAAAGAAGUCAGCAAGUCCUCCUGA